AUGUCUAACGACAACACAGAGUCGUUCCUCUAUCUAUCGCCCGACCCCGUGUCGGCCCACGCGCCGCGCAUCGCCACCUCGGUGGAGAAAACGCAGAACCUCUUGAACAUGGCGGAAGCGAUGGAUUUAAGUCACAGCUACAAAAACGAAGAAACACGUCAGAACUCGCGCAAAUCGCGCGGCAGCCCCGGCGCUACCAAACAGCCAAGUGGCUCUGCGCUCCACAAACAUAUCCUCGCAAGAACGGGCUCGUUGGAGGUCUCGCCGGGGUUUCUGAACCAUUCUACGCCGGUAGCGAAAAUGGCCGGUGGAAGACCUAAAAUGGGCGAGAAAGUCGUAAAUAGUGGACGGGCAAACACGCGCACGGUGAGCGCUUUCGGUAGUCCCAGCUCCGACGACGAAAUCUCGUUUGGUGAUGGAGUUCUUCGUGCUGAUAGUCAGUUGAGAGAAUUAGAGAAAAUCGUAGGACUAGCGCCCAAGACAGCGCGGAGCGGUCUUUUGGAGCAUCUUCAGGUAGAGUCGCAAGCGUACUUGCGUAGAUUUUUGUCUGGAAAGGUGCCGGAACAUCGUUCAAAACAGGUUUUGGACGGUAUUCUGGACCUGGACCUGCUUCCAGACCAGACGUUUGACCACCCAGGGCCGCAGGCGGCUUCUCCAGGCACCACGCCGCCCAGCUCGAGGGGCAUGGAUUUCUUUGUUGCGACUGGAGUAUCCGAGGAUAGACAUAAGCCACUUGACUACCCACCCAUUGAACCAAUACAGACAGUUCCUGUAGCAUCCAAUGAGGGGCUAGCUCUAGGUCAGAGGGACCUGGAAAGAGAGAAGCAAGAUUUGGAGCUGUUUGUUUCUCGACUCGAGAAAGUACAGGAUGCGUUUUUGUCUCUCACGAAGGAGCAGGAGAGAAAAAUCGCCUUGCAAGAGGAGAGAAUUGUGGAUUUGGAAAACCAGGUGCGUCUUCUAAGUGAGGGAAGUAAAGAGUCCGAGGACAGCACUGUUCUUGAUGAAAGUGAGGUCCUUAAAGAGAGUACUAUCCCUGAAGAAAGUAGGGUCCUUAGGGAGAGUAUUAUCCCUGAGCAAAGCAAACUCUCGGAUAACUGUAAGCCUCACGAUGGAACUAAACCCUCAGAAGAGGGAAGCGACAGUUCGCAACAAAAUUCAGGCUUUGGCAGAAUAUGCCCUCUUGAUCCUAUAACUGCUGAAACGCUUCUGGAUGAGUUCAAAUCUCUUUAUCAAAGACUACAUUUAGAGUUGGUAGACGAGGUCUCGGAUGCCGAGUGUCGCAAUGUCCUCAAGUGCGUGAUGCUUUCCCUGGCCUUUGCCGACUUCGACCAUCUACCUGCCAAAUCCCAGCAGCUCGGAGUAUUUCUACAGCUUGUGAGUAAGUUUCUCGACCUGAUCCAUGGAGAGCUCUACGGCGAAAUGUCAACUAAACCGCUGGAUUAUUUAUACAACUACGAGAUGGACGUCAAUGAUGGACUCAAGGAGUGUCUUGCGGGCAUGACCUCUUUACUCACAGACAGAAUUCAUGGAGAACUUUAG